AUGGCUUCGAAGCGGGAUAUGCGCCGGCCGGAUCUGAUCGUUCCCUACCAGGAGCCCAGGGCCAAGGGUGACAGCACCGAGCUCUCCUCCACCCUCUCCUCUACCCUACCGAUGGCCGCUAUGCUCACACGUAACAAGUUCAUCGGAUGGGCCUCCGUUGUCUUCAGCAUCCAGACCUGGCUUGGCGAGAGCGAGGAGACCAAGAAGAGCUCCGCGACCCCGGGCUACUUCUCCGUGGGCAUGUCCAUUAUGGGCCUCGCCGUGAGCUACCUGCCCCUUUUCCUGCCUCCCCCCGUCCCGAGAGGCGCCGCCACUGGCACCGGCCCCGCCGCCCCCGUUCCUCCUGCGUAG